AUGAAGGACAAUCGCUCAUUUCUCAAAGCCAUUGAUACCCUCCCUGGGCCAAAAGCGUCAUGGUAUAUGCACGAGAUUGGUGUCACAGGCACACUUACCGACGAGAACAACCAACCAAUAACGGAAGCGCUUGACCUGUGGGGGAGGAACCCGGUUCAUCUCAUUGAAGAUCUCAUAGGCAAUCCGGAGUUUGACGGAGAGAUGGCUUAUGAGCCACGGUGCGAGUAUGAGGUGUCUGAGGAUGGAGGAGUAGCGAUGGAAUACAUCGAUGACAUGCACUCGGGGAAGUGGAUGUCAGAGGUGCAGAAAAUACUACCUCAGGGAGCCACAGCUGCGUCGGUCAUCAUCGCCUCAGACAAGACCCAACUCUCCGUCUUCAGUGGCGACAAGCAGGCGUGGCCAGUUUACUUGACGAUAGGCAACAUAUCCAAGACAGUGCGCAAGUCUCCCUCACGCCGCGCGGUUGUUCUGCUCGGCUACAUACCGGUGUCAAAGCUGCUCUGUUUCCCCGAGAAAGAGAGAGCCUUACAGGGUUAUCGUCUCUUCCACUAUUGCAUGUCCCUCCUCCUCAAGCCGCUCAUCGAGGCCGGCAUCAAUGGUGUCGAAAUGGUAUGCGCAGAUGGUGUCGUCCGUCGUAUCCAUCCAGUUCUUGCAGCGUACCUGGCAGACUUCCCGGAGCAGUGUUUGAUCACCUGUUGCAAGCAGAACCGCUGUCCAACGUGUAUCGUUGAAGCAGACCAACGCGGUGAGCCUCUCGACUCUCUCUACCGAGACCCGACAACCACAAAGGCUGCUCUCAACAACCCGGUUACGGACAAGAGGUUCACCAAUGAAGGUCUCCACCACGUACCUGAACCUUUCUGGGCCAAUCUUCCAUACGCAAACAUCUUCGCUUGUAUCGCACCCGAUCUUCUCCACCAGCUUCACAAGGGAGUGUUCAAGGAUCAUCUGGUGAAGUGGGUUAGCACCGACCUAGAAGAUGAAGUAGACGCACGGAUGGCACGCGUCCCACCAUACCAGGAUCUUCGAAUCUUCAAGAGGGGAAUCUCAAAGAUAAAGCAGUGGACGGGGAAUGAGUACAGGCAGAUGGAGCGCGUCUUCGUGGGUGUUGCAUCCGGCUUACACGCGUCCCACCCACGCGUCUUGGUCUGCACCCGAGCCAUUCUCGACUUCAUUUAUCUCGCCCAUCUUCCACGACACUCCACCACUACCCUCACACUCCUCCGUGAUGCCCUCGCUACGUUCCAUGCCAACAAACAGGUGUUUGUCGACCUCGGUUUAUGUCCGCACUUCAACAUCCCCAAGCUCCACUGGCUUAUCCACUACCUCGACUCAAUCAUCAACCUUGGACCGUGCGACGGCCUUAGUACCGACAUUUCAGAGCGGCUGCACAUCGACUUCACCAAGCUCGCAUAUCGUGCAAGCAACCGCCGAGACUAUUUGAAGCAGAUGGUCACCUGGCUUACUCGACGCGAGAAGGUUCGCUACCUUCAAUCUUAUUUCCGUUGGGCUGAAAACUCGACCUCCUCUACGACCACCUCCAACCUCCCAAUCUCACACACCCUGUACCCGGACGAAGCGCUCCCCACUGCUGCACCGUUUAUCCCCUCAGACGGGGCUGGUGAAGACGCCGAGACCUGGCUUAUCAGUCGUACCCCCGGGCUUGGUGUACAAAGUGGGCAGCACAUUCAGUCUCAAAUGGGUGCACCGUCCUUUGAGCAAGCCCUUUCAAGCUAUCUCCAAUCGACUUCCCCCAUUCCCCUCCGGCUUCCCAACCUCCUAUCAUCCUCAUACGGCUUGUACAAGCAGGUUACAACUGACUUCAAAGCCGGUCCAUUCAGCCUUGAACAGCAACGCACAUCUCGAAUCCGUGCAAGCCCUGCCAUGAACGCCAGCCCUUCGCGAUACGACACCGUGCUCAUCUCGACUGGAUGGCGCAAGCACAGCGGACUGACACUGCAUGACUGUCGUGCAGCCCAGGUUCGCGUGAUAUUCACCCUUCCACCUCACCUCGAACGGCUGCGGCCGAGUCGCCGUGAAAGUGAUACACACCUAGCAUACAUAGAAUGGUUUACACCGUUCACAGCUCAGGCAGACCCGACGAAUGGAUUGUAUCGCAUCGCGCGUGCAUACGAAAACCGCGUGCGCAAAGCAGCAAUAGUUCCGGUGAGCUGGGUCGUGCGCAGCUGUCACUUGAUACCGGUCUGGGGCCCGCGCGCUGAUCGGAGGUGGACAUCUGAUACCGUACUAGAGUUCUGUGAUGACUGGUAUUUAAACAUGUUCAGUGACCAUGCCAUGUACACGUUCGGACGCCUUACGCAAUAUAUGAGUACAGGAUGA